AUGACAAUCGCUAUCAACAGUGCGACAGGCAAGCUCGGCGGUGGUAUCUUACAGGCCAUCCUCGAAAACAAACUGAUCGACCCGAAGGAACUAGUCGUUUGCACUUCCUCAAAUCCAGAUGACUCGCGUUUCGAUGCUCUCCGCUCCCAAAACAUCGAUCUGCGCCAGGCCAACUUCAACGAUGCCUCCUCACUCAAGAAAGCAUUUUCAGGAUGUGACACCCUUCUCCUCAUCUCCUCGCCAAUCAUCGAAAUGGACUACAACGACGCCCCUCUCUGGCAAGGCCGCGAGAAACACCAUCGCGCUGCGAUUGAUGCUGCGCUCGAGGCAGGCGUGAAGCACAUUUAUUACACAUCACUCGCUUUCAGCAGCACCAGCACGGCAGGCGUGAUGCGCGCACAUCUCCGCACAGAGUCGUAUUUGCACGACCUGGAGAAGGAAGGCAAGGUGAAGGUUACCAUCAUCAGAGAAGGUCUGUACAACGAAGGCUGGCCCGUAGCCUUCGGAUAUUAUGAUCUCAAGGAUGAUACGAGAAAGGAAAUUGUUGUCGCGGGCGAUGGCGGCCUGAGCUUCACCAGUAUCGCCGAUAUAUGCUUUGGAACGGCCAAGGUGAUCGCUGGGUCGGGCGAGUAUUGGAGUGGGAAGACGGUACAUAUCUCCCAAAGGAAGGCGUGGACACUGCAGGACAUUGCGAAGAUUGUCAGCAAAGUCAAGGGUCAGGAUGUUCAGGUCAAGGUUGUGAGCAGGAAGGAGUUUGAUGAUUUCUACAUCGGGAGAGGGAUUGACCGUGGUCAAGUCGAGUGGUGGAGCAGCGCGUACGAUGGGAUCAAGAAUGGAGAGUGCGACAUUGAUGACCCUACGCUCGAGGAAUUUUUGAAGGAGGCUGGCAGACGCCCGGAACCGCUUGAGCCAACCAUCGAGAAGAUGUUGAGCUAA